UAUAUAUAUAUUCAGUAAAAGCUGAUGUAUUGAGUGCUGUGCUGGAGCAUAAUCAAGGAUUUAAUAAGUGCGCGUAAGGGCUACCCAAGCGCCUACCUCUUGUCGAAAUCUGACGUGUCGGAUUGAAGAAACUGAAACGGAAAGGAAAAGACGUACCAUUACACAACAGUUAACUACGAUUAGCGUCAAUUUCUCCGACAGUCAUGUGUGAUGAGGAUUUUCCCUUAAUGACAGACACCCAGGGAUCACAAAACACCUUGGAUGGAAUCCUACAUGCUAUCAGCAAAUGCAAGGUUCAACACAAUCAGUUGCUGAAGGAGCAGCAGGACCUGUCCAGAGCCAGGGAUGACCAGGAGGACCUUGCUGAACAGUUCAGACAGCGCAUAGACAAACUGAGGAUAUCUCUGGAAGAUGAUGACAACAAACAAGCCAGGGAUGUAGACUCUGAAAGGAAGAUAGAUGCCUUGCAUGAUGGGGAGAGCAGACUGAAGAGGGAGAUCCAGAGAGCAGAGGAAGAACUGCAGCUUGAGGAGGAGAGCACCCACCACCUCAAUCAGCAGACUGAUGUGUCUACUGCUGCAGUGCCUGAAAAGAAGGUUGUGUUCACUGGGGAAACGGGUGAUGGCGCUAACACACUCAAUUUUAAUGUGAAGCCACAUAUAGUGUAUCCAAUGGAGGAGGGCACUGCACUGAUCACUUUUGAGGAUGAGGAAGUGGCCCAGAAGAUCCUGAGCCUGAGGGAGCAUAAGGUGGAUCUGGGUGAGGAUUGUGCCAUCACUCUGGAGGCCAAGCUCGUACAGCUGCUGGUGCCCUGUCAAGUAGAGAUGGACACCGAGGUAUGUUCCCGCCGUAUCCUGGUUUCCAACCUGCCCAAGAAGGUCGGGGAGGACUGCUUACUUGACAAACUGGAGAUCCACUUUGCCAAGAGCAAGAAUGGAGGGGGGGAGGUGGAAGAGUCUGACAUGCUGCAUGAUUCUGGCAACGUGGUCAUCACUUUUAUAGAAAACAAUAUUGCCAAAGGCCUGACUGGCAAGAUGUACCACGAUGUGGAGUUUGAGAAAGGGAGGAAGCACAGUGUGAAGGUGACUCCAUUUCUGAACGGAGAGAUCACAAGGUUCCAGACACGUCUGUCAGCGUGUGGGCGUACUGUGCUGCUGACUGGCAUCCCUGCCGUCAUGGAGCAGGAGAACCUGCAGGACCUGCUGGAGAUCCACUUCCAGAAGACCAGUAACGGUGGGGGAGAGGUGGACACCAUCCUCUACAACCCCCUGGGGCAGCACACCCUGGCCCUGUUCGAGGAGGACUGUCCCACUGAAGACCAGAGCCAGUGAGAGGGCCAGGCACUGAUAGCCCUCCCCCAGUGAGCUCAACAGACACCUUCCUAUUGCUGCUCAUCUAUCCCAUCUCAGUACAGCAUCAGUUAAAUCCAGCCUGGGGAUCUAAUCCUGGCCUGCUAUCAGCAUGUUCUGAUAGAAGUAUGAUCUCAUCUUUCAAUCAAAUGCUAAUCUUAGGGGUUGGCACUGUGCCAAAGCUUUUGUCUGAGGUUGUCUUUUCCUGUUUCAAAACAUCAUUUGGUAGAACCAUCUAUUUAUAUAGAAUUUCUGAUUAUGUAUGCAGAUCAUUUUGGGUGAAACGUUUUUAGUGAAGAAAAGAAUAUUCAGAACAAAAGUUGCCAAAGAAAUGUAAAUUAUGCUUGACAAGACUAAUUUAGAUAUCUUUAACAUUUAGAAGGAAUGUGUAUUCUACAGCUCUUUAAAGGUGUCUAUAUUUAGUGUUCUAUAAUCGUGGUAUUCUAUUGUUUUCUGUCAUUCUUAGUAUUGAAUGUGCAAUCCUGUACGGUAGAAUCAGUGACUGUAAUAAAGUCUGUCCAAUGGACCGAGUCAGACAUUA